AAACCUAUCUUUGCUUUAUUGCUGUCAAUGUUUGGUGGUUGUUGAGCUUCGUUCGAUUUUUUUUUUUUUUUUUUUUACAACUUGUUUGCAAUAAAACAAAAUGAGACGUAGGUCUCAAAAAACAGAUGCGGUAUGUUCGUUAGCUUCGAAGAGCAGCCGUCGGCGGCCCAGCAAAGCGACCACGAGACGAAGACUCCCAGCGCCGGACGAGAGCCCGCCUCAGACCCCGGCAACAUCACCUCAAGAACAACCACUGGAUAAUGAGCCAGCCCACUCUGGUGAUGAUUAUAAUGUUCCCAUGAUGACACGGCGACCACUGGCCCGCAAUCGGCCAAGGAAGAGAGCAGUUGCGGUUUAUGACCGACAAACUGAUUUAUCUUUCAAGACCCCAGUCAGGCCUGUAAUGCAUCGUGAACACGUUCUGUCUGAGAUUGAUGCAGUGUCUCCACGCAACUCGACAGCCAGAAACAUCUACUCACCCAUAGUUCGUUUCCUCACACCCAGCAAAGAGAAUGUGAAGAGUUCAGAUACUGGAAACAGUGUGUUGUUGAGCCCACAGCAAGGUGUGUUUGGGUAUGGCUCCAUGGACCUUCUGGCUGGCGAAGAGGAUGAAGAUGUCUUCAGCCCGUUUGCUUUUAUUAAGAAUAUACCAUCACAGUCUCAGCAGUCCCGGCCACGUCUUAGAGACAUUCCCCCCAAAACCCGGAGCACACCCGAGGCCACGCUGGUGGUGGAUCUGGAAGAGACCCUGAUGUUCAGCUCUCUGAAUGUGAUUGAGCGUGCAGACUACACCUUCCACACAACUUUCCAGGACCAUAAGUACAAGGUGUACCUGAUCCUACGACCUCGUGUAAAGGAGUUCUUGCAGUCUGUGGCAAAAAUAUACGAACUGUUUGUGUAUACAUGUGCAAAGAAGGACUAUGCGGAGAAGAUUCUGGACAUCCUGGACCCACAGAGAAAACUGUUCCGGCAUCGCUUGUAUCAGGAAGACUGUGCCUGUGUCCUCGGCCACUACAUUAAAGAUUUAAGUAUCCUGGAGAGGGAUCUUGCCAAGACGGUGGUUCUGGACAAUGCACCCCACACCUACCCCUACCACCUGAUGAAUACAAUUCCAAUCAAGAGCUGGUCCGGGGAGGAGGAGGACAGAGAGCUCCAGAAGCUCAUCCCGUAUUUGGAGAAACUGUCUACAGCGGAGGAUUUUCGGGAGGUGCUGAAGAAGAGGAAGGAUCACUUCCACAGACUGCUGUCGGAGGACUGACAAACACUCUGACCUCAGUGUGCUGACUGUGUGACCUUUCACCUCUCACAUGUGCAUUCCUUGUGCUAAAUCAGAAUCACGUUUUGAAUGAACGCUGUGAAGCUCGCUACACUGUGGACUUGCGCCGGCUUUUCACCGAUGACUUUGAGGACAGAAGGAUCGGUAUUUCAAACUUGCUGCUGGUCAUUCAUCACCAAACACCCUUUUCCCCCAUCAUCAUUCCACUGAGCAGUAAACUCAUUUCCAAAAACCCAACUUGAAAUACAGUGUGUAUAAUCAUAACAUUAAUUUAUUAAUUGCACUGCAAGUGAAAUUCCGUCAUCUGUAUAUUUUAGAUUUGCCUCUUAAGCCUUUAAAGUAACCUAAUAAAAGGAAUAUAAAAUUUCUGUCAGUUUGGAUUUACUGUUGUCAAA